CCCGCUUAUUAUCGUUUAGCAAAUACUUGGUAUGUUUUCUUUGUCCGUUUUAGUGAGUGUUUGCGAUCCAUAAUACUUUGGCGCUCGCUCAACUUUUCACAAACGCAACACCCGCGCGACGCAACGCAACGAAAGAGACAACCAUUUAAGCGUGCCUUCGAUCGAUCGAGCGAGAGAGAAACCCUAAUGCUAGAAGCCUAACCUAACACCUCCCAAAAUCUCCCUUCAUUUUUCCCUCCAUCGUUGUCUUCUUCUCUUCCAGAGUGAUCGCGAACCUGUUUCCGCUUCGAUUUCGAGCCACCGCUUCCACGCCACAUGGCGAGUGAAUUCGGCGCCAACGCUCCUUCAUCUCCUUCGUUCAAUUCCGCGGAAUCAUAUAUUGGCUCCUUCAUAAGCUUGAUUUCCAAGUUCGAGAUUCGCUACGAGGGCGUUCUCUAUAUCCUUAACCUUGACGAUUCCACCAUCGGCUUGAAGAACGUUAGAUCCUAUGGAACAGAGGGGAGAAGAAAAGAUGGUCCACAAGUUCCUCCAAGUGAAAAGGUUUAUGAAUACAUUCUUUUUCGAGGAAAUGACAUUAAGAAUUUGCAGGUCAAGUCACCCUCAACAUCUGCUAAACCAGAAGAGAAGAAUUUUAGGGAUCCAGCUAUUAUUCAGUCACAAUAUUCUGGGGUGCUAAGUUCUCCGGUGGCCCCAGCUGGUGGUAGAAGCUUGACAGAAUCAAUUCAAAGGCAAGAUUGCCCUGCUAUAUCCAGUAGAGCCUUUCCUGUUGGGUUGGCUUCUCAUCAAUCUGUAACUCAGCCGGCCCCUUCAAAUUUAUCUGCUGCUACUCAGGUUGCUAGUCAUCCAUCUUUUUCCACAGCAAUGUAUUGGCAAGGACACAGUGGGACAUCUAGCAAUAGUUCUCAUUCUCUGCUAAAAUCUAGUUCUCUUCAACCCCCAUUGAUGGCAACAUCCUUAGCUGUGCAGAAUAAGAUGCCAAAUGCAGAAACUCAGGUACCUGCACAAGGGGGAUGGGCAGCUUUAUCAGAGAGUGGUCUUCCUGUAUCUUCUGUCACAGCUUCUAGUCUUGUAAAUCUGACUCCUUCACCUCCUCUUUCCUCUUUAAAAUUGUUUGAUUCUCCUGAUUUUUUACCCCUUUUGUCUACCAAGACGCCUAUGCCAUAUUCUGCAUCCAUGACUUUUGAUGGAUCAAACAUGCCUCAGUUUUCUUCACCUCUCCAAGACAUAAAUUCUAUUACUCAACUAUCUGGAAACAUUUGUCCUGACCCAAGGCCAAUCCAUCCUCGACAUUCUGUCGAUCAUUCUGCUUCGUCAUUUGUUGAUUCUACUUCAGGUCCCUUGCCAACUGCACUGCCUUUGUUUACCCCAGAUGAACUUGCACAUGUUAGAGAACAAUUAUUUACUUACGCAAGUGAUUUUAAUUUUAAUCAGAAGGAUAUGGGUUCUCUGUCUCUAACAUCCUCUGGUUCCUCUGCAUUAAUGCCUUCUCCAGCAUCUCAGGCACCACUACUUCCACUACCAACUGUGGUGCAAAAGCCUCAAUACACAGCUCCACAAUUCACUGAAGAAUUUGAUUUUGAGGCCAUGAAUGAAAAGUUCAAAAAGGAUGAAGUAUGGGGUUCUCUUGGAAAGGCAACAAUAAAUAUAGAGGGAGUGCAGCAGGAUAAUGCUUUUCUCAGUUCUGGUGACAGAGAAUGUCAUGGAAUGAUACAAAACCCUAAGUCUGCAUACAAGAAAGAUGACUUCUUUGACACAAUUUCUUGUAACUCUUUGACUCGUGGAUCAAGGAAUGGACAGAAUCGUUUCUCAGAGAGAAUGAAAGUGGAUACUGAGACAUUUGGAAAUUUCCAGCAGAGGCCUAAUUUUAGUCACGGUGGUUAUGGUGCUGGACGGGGUGUGAAUUUCAGGGGCUCAUAUAAUUGGGGAAGGGGUUAUAGCUACAAUGGAAGAGGGCGUGGACCAAACUUUCCUUUCUAGUGCUAUCCAGAUUUCUGUUUACCUCAUGUUUCCAAAGCUCCCCACCAAUUUUGCCUAUGUUUGUUGUGUGAUCUUUGGCUUUAUGUCAAUGAUGUUAACAUGCUUUUGGAACUUUCAUGCCUGGAUGCUGGAAUGUCAAACUUACAAGUGACUGCCAUGUUCAUGUAUAUUUUUGGACUCA